AUGCCACUCAUACAACGCUCCAUCCGCCAUCUCUCAGCCCGGAUACUGGCUACUACCUCCCAUCCUCAAGGCCAUAAGUCCGCCGCGAAAAGCUUCUGCCAAUACCUCCAAGAGCUGCAAGACGAGAACGACGUGCUCACUAUCACUAAAGAAGUUGAUCCACACCUCGAGUUAGGGUCUAUAACCCGCAGAGUCUACGAGAAUGACGAGAAGACUCCCUUAUUCGAGAACCUCAAGGGCCAUGAUAGAGCCAAGAACAACAGCCUCUUCCGUAUCCUCGGGGCACCAGUUGGCAUAAGUAAAGUCCCCGGACAGAAAUUUGAUCAGAUUGCAAAGUCUAUUGGCCUCCUAUCUACCGCAUCGGGCCAGGUGAUUAUCCAGAAGAUCAACGAUGUGAAGAAAAAAGCCCCCCCCCCAUACUAUCGAAAGAAGUCCCCUCAGGACCCGUGA